ACAGUAGUAACCUGUGUGUGUUAGAGAGUUGAAGAGAAUGGCCAGAACCAAGCAGACAGCGCGCAAAUCCACCGGAGGGAAAGCUCCCCGCAAGCAGCUGGCGACCAAAGCGGCCCGCAAGAGCGCUCCGGCCACGGGCGGAGUGAAGAAGCCUCAUCGCUACAGGCCCGGCACGGUGGCUCUGCGGGAGAUCCGCCGCUACCAGAAAUCCACCGAGCUGCUGAUCCGCAAACUGCCCUUCCAGCGCCUGGUGCGAGAGAUCGCUCAGGACUUCAAGACCGACCUGCGCUUCCAGAGCUCGGCGGUGAUGGCCCUGCAGGAGGCCAGCGAGGCUUACCUGGUGGGACUGUUUGAGGACACCAACCUGUGCGCCAUCCACGCCAAGCGGGUCACCAUCAUGCCCAAAGACAUCCAGCUGGCCCGCCGGAUCCGCGGGGAGCGCGCCUAAACGGAGCUUGGCUGGCCCUGCACAUUCACCCCGAGACAGACAGACAGAGAGAGAGAGAAAGAAACACAACGGCUCUUUUCAGAGCCACCAGACCAUCGAGAGAGAGCGGGAAGCGAUUAGUUACAUUUAUAUUGUAGUUAUAAAACUAGGAAAUAAAUAGGGAAUGAGUUGUAAGCGAUGUUGACAUGAGCAGGUAUUCCAUUUCUAAUGAAAUCUCCCGUGUUCACAAUUUAUUAUGGCAGAUUGUGGAAUAUAAUUUUAACGUGACAUUGUGGUAGUGGAUUAUAAAUUCCCGCGAAUUCUCUGUCUCGGUGUUCAUAUAUUUUGCCGUUUUAGGGAUGGGAAAGAUUUGAUACCAAGAGAUCGAACUCUUACUUGCGGACAUUGGUAUCGUAAUUUGCGAAGUGCACAGGGCCUGAGUAAAACAUUGAUGGGGAGUCAGUUAAACAACAAGGUAACAGCGCCAGUCAAGCGAUCGCAGACGCUGGAACAUGGCUUUGAAUGAUAUUAAAGGGGGACGGGUGUGACGUCAGUAAUGCAUUACAGGGGAGUUAGUUGAAGACACAGAUUAGAAUAUACAAUGCUGUGAAUGUUAUGUAACUUUCACAUGCUUCAUUAGAGUUGUGCAGUAUUAAUACGGGAUUAAAUCCUCUCUGUCCUCACUGUCUUCCUUGGUGUUGUUACCAGCUGUAACUACAUGAUCAUUGCUGCGAAAGCAGGCGGGAAAACAUGGCGCCAAAUCAUCAACCGUUUUCUUUCAAAUUUGAAAAUCCUGCCGAAAUGUAGAUCCGAGAAGGGAGCAUUCGUAUUUAGUCAUUACUCGAAAGAAAAAUUGCAAAUGAAUGAGGCUAGAAGCUAUUUGAACCAUUCGAGAUUGUCUCCGGAGAGAGUGAGUACCAUCAUUCAAUCUGUGAGGAUUUCAUGAAUGUUCUUCGGCGUGAGCGCAUUAACAACGAACACCGCCUUUAGGUUUUAUUUUAAUACCGUGCUCCCUUAUUGCAAAAGCUCCACAUUAACAAUUCCAGUCCGGCAACUGUUCUGGCUUGAUCUCUGUUCAUUUUGACAAGCUUCUCACCGAUAGCAGAAAGCCUCAUUUAUACUAUUCUGCAACACAACAGAACCCGCACGGAGUUUUGGAAAUGAAAAAAAAAUGUGUAAUUUAUCCACCCGUGGGUCUGUAAGAAAAGGAGCACUUCUUUUGUUUCCCAGUGGUGACACUCAGGGCUCACACCCAACCGGGGCUUGUCGCUCCCGGAAUAAUCAAAUAUUAGAGAGUGACUUGAGCAAAUAGCAGCAAACGGAAAGAAGGCAGAUUCACUGGUGUUUAAUAUGCUCCCGAGAGUCAGCAAGCAAGAGCACAUUCUCUGCUCCCGCUGGCAGCAAGAGCCCAUUCUCUACUCUUGCUGCCAGCGCCAAAUCAUCAACACCUUUCCUUCCAAUUUGAAAAGCCCGCCAUUUCACAAAUAACGGGAUAUGUUUUACAUAGAAAAAUGAAGUAUUAAAAAGAACGUUGUUCAGAGGGGAAUUCAUCAAUACUUGUUAAUUAGGUUGUAAAUAUAUACUUCAGACAAUCUCUCUCGCUCAUUCAUUUGCUUAGAUGCAGCUAUCUCUUUCUACUUUUAUUUCUACACCUGAAGAACUGGCAGAAACAAAAACAAGCGCCAAGAACUGCAAUCUGCAAUUAAUCUCUUCAUUUCACACUUUGAAAGCACUCCGAUAUGUUGAUUAAACAUUACAGACCGUUCUUCCGGCCGAGCUCAUUAAUCGUCUUGAGACAAUAUUUUAAUGUCGCCCAGCGUUUGGAAAGGUCAGACAUCAGCAAAAACUCCACAUUUGCUGUCCCAGUCCUGCAGCUGCUCAGGUUUGAUCUCGGUCCAUUUACUGUAAUCUGAUAUCGGAGAAAACAGCGCCAGAGACCCAGGUUCGAGUCUACGAGGCCUAGAACUAAAGGCAUGGACCGCCAAUCGUGAGGUGUAUCUGCUCCUCGUACUCAAAAGACAGACACGUUUCUUUUUGGUUUGCCUCGGGAGAUAUUCACCGUUCAUAUCCCACCGUGAAUGGUGGCUCCGGAACUGACAUUUGAAGUGCUCAUCCAAAUGCUUUUUAAAGGUUAAGGUUUCUGGCCUCCACUACCUUCGCAUGCGGUGUCUUCCAGAUUUCCACCACUGAAAAGAUUUUCCUGAAAUUCCCUCAAUAUCUUCAUAUCUAACCCUUCACCAUAGCGAGAAUCCUUACGCUUACCAUAUCGUUACCCAAGCACUACUUGUGAUUGCUCGCUCAAACAAGGAAAACAGCUUCUCUCUAUUCACCCUGUCCCACUCAUAAAUCGUUUAUACUUUAUUCACGGGUUCUGGAUUAGUGGUGCUGGAAGAGCACAGCAGUUCAGGCAGCAUCCAAGGAGCAGCGAAAUCGACGUUUCGGGCAAAAGCCCUUCAUCAGGAAAAAAGCGGUUCCCAUUACAGACAUCUCUGCUCUAGAGAAAACAUUCCCUUUUUUGGAAAUUUGUGCUUUAAUCCCAAUCCCCAAUAUUGCACUGGAUUUAUCACCGCUGCUGUCACAGUCAGUUUAAUGUGAAUAAUUUAUUCCUGCAUCCUUAGGCGCAUGCGCAAUGCUGCCCUUCCUCCAAAGCUGGCUGUUCCUAAUUCGAUGAACGCAUUGCUUGAGGCCCUCCCCCAGCGCUGCCAUUGAGGAGCAUUUACUCAGUGAGUGUAAGAGGUUUGUUUGGAACAGACCGCAAUGGAGAGAUCAGCGCCCAGGGAAGCGAGGGAACAGCAGGCUCCUUCCAACAGCACAUCGGGAUGGGAGCCUGGGACACAGAGGGGGCUCCGAGACCGGGAUUGAUUCGGGGCAAAUGAUUUAUGGACCAAGACAAUGUAAUAUUUCCUCAGUACAAAGCCAAGUGUGACCAGCUGCUUCUAACAACCAGCAGGUAUUGGGAGAAGACUAUUUGCAAUGAGGAGACUUAAAACCAGGCAUCACUUCCCAAUCUGACCAAGCUGCCGAGUUUAUUGCCACCUGAAUAUCAUUGGGUUUGAAGUAAAAAAGCACCAUUCACAGUGGGAGAGAAACCGUACGUGUGUUGUACAUGUGGACAAGUCUUCAGCAGAGCACUGCCCGUCACUUCCAUAACUGAAGGAGUUGGAAUUUGCUGUUGAUCACAUCCAGCAUCCAAUUUGAUUCUUUGUAGUCUUUCUCAAUUGAUGGUGUG